AUGCGCUACGUUGACCAGCCGGCUGAGGAAAGGACACAUAGUCAAGUAAUCAGAGACAUGCAUAUUGCAUACAUUACAGAAAACACAGUGAAUGGUUUCAAGGGCCCAUCGGCUUUAAUGAGCCUUCAAGGGUUCAACCUUGUCAAGGGAGUCAGCAUCGAAUACAUGCACUGUGUUCUGCUAGGAGUCACAAGGCAAAUAAGCGAGGCCUUGUUCAGUACAACUAACUGUUCUGAACGGUAUUACGUCGGCAGGCCAUCAUCUGUGAGAGAAGUUAAUAACCGCUUGUUAAGCAUUCAACCUCCUCACUGCAUCACACGUCUACCCCGUCGCAUCGAUGACAGGGCUCAUUGGAAGGCUUCAGAAUGGAAGCACUGGCUUCUUUUCUACGCCCUGCCAUGCCUUGAUGGCCUGAUCCCCCAUGAGUACUGGCGUCACCUCGUAAAGCUGUCGGAGGCAGUACAUAUUCUGCUUAGAGAAGAGAUAUCUACUCAGCAGAUAGACCAUGCAGUAAUGAUCAGCUUGAGCAGUGGCCAGACUCCCAAUGCCAAAGCAAAGUUCAGCUGA